GUAUUAUUCUCGGGUUGAUUAGUAGUUCUCUUCUGUCAAUGUCGAUUCGGCAUUUUGCCACAUGUAUAUUACAUCAGUUCAUAAAAUUCAUUCAAAUUCGUUUGUAAUCAUUAUCUGAACAGGUAUUCAGAAUUAGAAAAUAUGGUCUUGUCGUGCAGGUUUUACAAGCAGAAAUACCCGGAGGUGGAAGAUGUUGUAAUGGUCAACGUUCGCUCCAUCGCCGAGAUGGGCGCUUAUGUCUAUCUGUUGGAGUAUAACAACAUCGAAGGAAUGAUUCUAUUGUCAGAGCUGUCUCGUCGACGUAUCCGUUCGAUUAAUAAGUUGAUACGAGUUGGGAAAACUGAACCCGUGGUUGUUAUUCGUGUGGAUAAAUUUAAAGGUUAUAUAGAUUUGUCCAAACGACGUGUCUCGCCGGAAGAUGUUGAAAAAUGUACCGAACGAUUUGCCAAAGCCAAGGCUGUUAAUUCGAUCCUUCGACAUGUAGCGGAUAUGAUGAAGUUUACAAACGAACAGUUAGAGGAGCUGUACGAAAAAACCGCAUGGCAUUUUGAGGAAAAAUUGAAAAGUAAAGCUGCUGCGUAUGAUGUGUUUAAACAAUGUGUAAUUGAUCCAUCAGUACUCGAUGAGUGUGGUCUAGAACCGGAGGUACAGGAACUGUUGUUGAGCAACAUUAAACGAAAAUUGACCUCGCAAGCUGUAAAAAUUCGUGCUGACAUCGAGUGCGCAUGCUAUGGCUAUGAAGGAAUCGACGCCGUUAAGACUGCCCUGCGUGCUGGAUUAGAUCUAUCAACCGAGGAAUUACCCAUCAAGAUAAACUUGAUUGCUCCUCCAUUAUAUGUCAUGACAACCUCAACUCCGGAGAAAGCCGAUGGUCUGAAAGCACUGGAAACGGCCAUUGAAGUAAUCAAGGAAACGAUUGAGAAUCUCGGUGGUGUAUUCAAGGUGCAAAUGGCCCCUAAAGUGGUCACAGCAACGGACGAGGCCGAUUUGGCACGCAAGAUGGAGCGGGCUGAGGCGGAGAAUGCUGAGGUUGAUGGUGACGACGAGGAGGACGAUGACGAAGAAGGCAUUAAAUACAAUCCGGACGGCGAAGAAGACGGUGACGACGAUGAGGAUGAAAAGGCGAACAGUGCUGACGAGGAAAAGGACAAGAAAAAAGAGUAAACUACAAUAAGUAAUCAAUUCCAUCAACAGCAACGGUUAAAGGGAGUAUUAAAGAUAACGUUUGUCGUUGUAGGAAUUUGCGAACGUGUAAACCGAUUAACAAAUAAAUUGUUUCAUUUUACGGAAACAUCUAUCCACAGCCCAGAA